AUGACAUUUAACCGGGUUUUAUCACGGUCUUUACUGAGCAGCAGAGUUGGAUUGAGGACCAUGUUCACAAGUUCCAAGACAGACUACAACAGCCCAAACUGGAUCAGAGUGGGCCUUGCGUUUGGCUCCACAGUAUUUCUAUGGGGACUGCUUUUUAAACAACGCAGCACAGACCUACAUGAGUACAAAGUCAGGAAUGGACUGGAGUAA